CUCAUCUCAAUGUCAGUGCGUAAGGUCGUUGAUCUGGACGUGCAUAGGAGGUAGUUGUUCGUUGUCCGUAACCUAUCCAGGCACGAGUAUAAUAUUAUACGUAUAUUGUGUGUUGGAUUUACCGGUAUAAAAUAUGGUGUCUUGAUAUCAUCGUCAUCGUUAAAUUAAUUAUUUCAUUACCGACGUGACAAUAAUGCAUCUGCGUGAGACUAUUGUGUUCACUUUAAGUCGCAGACAACUCAAUCGUUCGCGCUUUAUCGAUGUUUAAGCGUAAUAUUAUUAUGUAUAUGCAUAUAAUCGUCAUCUGAACCGUCAAUCGUCGUUGGAUUUGUUUUGACGUAUCGAGUGAGUUAAGCUUGACGUCACAGAAUCAACUUUUCAUUGGAUACAUUUUGGUAGAUUGGCUGUUGUGAUACUAUGCGGUACUCAUGAGUGGCGUGGAAGUUAUACCCAUCGGAGCGAUUGCGGGGGCUGCGUCGCAAGUGGCCUGGUUCUUGCCCGUUUUGGUCGCGGCUAUUGCUUAUUUCCACUACGAAGUAAAUGAUCCCGAAUCAAGGAUUAUAGAACAGCCCAGCGAUCUGAUACUCGACCAAUAUGAUUUCAUUAUAGUCGGCGCUGGAUCGGCAGGUGCGGUGCUGGCGAAUAGGUUGACCGAAGUCGAAGAUUGGAGUGUAUUAUUAAUAGAAGCCGGCGGAGAUGAAACCGAAAUAUCCGAUGUGCCUUUGUUGGCUGCCUACUUGCAACUUACCCAGCUCGAUUGGCAAUAUAAAGCCGAACCCCAGGAUACAGCAUGUUUGGCUAUGAAAGAACAACGUUGCAAUUGGCCUCGGGGCAAAGUCUUAGGUGGGUCCAGCGUGUUGAACUAUAUGAUGUACGUGCGUGGAAACCAAAUGGACUAUGACAACUGGUUGAAACAAGGCAAUCCUGGUUGGGGAUACAAAGACGUGCUUUACUACUUUAAAAAAUCAGAAGAUAAUAGAAAUCCAUACUUAGCACGGACCCCGUACCAUUCGAUGGGUGGUUAUCUGACGGUGUCUGAGGCACCAUACAAAACGCCGUUGGCAGACGCAUUCGUCAGGGCUGGCCAAGAAAUGGGCUACGAUAUUCGCGAUAUAAACGGAGAACGGCAAACUGGUUUUAUGAUACCCCAAGGGACCAUCAGAAGAGGAGCCAGAUGCAGUACGGCGAAAGCUUUUUUGAGACCGGCUAGACUGCGGAAGAACCUGCACGUGUCCAUCAACGCUCAUGUCACACGYGUGGCAAUAAAUCCCGAGACAAAAGUCGCGUUCGGCGUCGAAAUGAUCAAGGACAACAAACGGCAUUUCAUUCGGGCCAACAAAGAGGUGCUUCUGUCUGCGGGUUCCAUUAGUUCUGCACAGCUACUUAUGCUUUCGGGCAUAGGUCCUAAGAACCACCUGACAGAAAUGGGUAUACCCGUUCUAGCUGAUUUGGAUGUCGGGAAAAAUCUUCAAGACCACGUUGGACUUGGUGGGCUCGCGUUUCUCAUUAACAAAGAGGUGUCGUUAAUACAAGAGAGAGUAGAAAACGUCCAAACUGUUUUGAACUAUGCUACGAUGGGUGACGGACCGUUGACAGUUAUGGGUGGUGUCGAAGGGUUGGCAUUUAUCAACACCAAAUAUGCUAAUCAAUCAGUCGACACACCGGACAUCGAGUUACACUUUGUUUCUGGUUCUACCAAUUCUGAUGGUGGUGUACAACUGUGGAAAGCUCACGGACUGAAAGAAGAGUUUUAUAAAGCUGUGUAUGAACCAAUUAACAACAAAGAUGUGUGGUCUGCUAUACCUAUGUUGUUGAGGCCCAAAAGUCGGGGCGAAAUAMUGCUGCGGAGCACCGACCCUACCGUGUAUCCRAGGAUAUCGCCAAACUACCUGACGGCCCAAGAGGACGUGGACACGCUGGUGGAGGGCGUCAAGUUCGUGGUGGCAAUGUCCCGGACCACACCGUUUCGCCGAUACGGCAGUCGGCUGCACGACAUACCGUUCCCCGGUUGCGCCGCCGUGCCGCGGUUCACAGACGCCUACUGGGAAUGCAUGGUCCGACACUACACGGUGACCAUAUACCAUCCGGUGGGCACCGCCAAGAUGGGACCCGAGUGGGAUAAGACCGCUGUAGUGGACCCUCUGCUCCGGGUGUACGGAAUUUACGGGCUCCGUGUCGUAGACGCGUCCAUUAUGCCCACACUGGUCAGUGCCAACACCAACGCUCCGGUUAUAAUGAUUGCCGAGAAGGCCGCGGACAUGAUCAAAGAGAAAUGGCUAGACAGGAAACGGUGACACGAUUGCAGUGAUUGUGACACGCGUUAUCGUCACGAACAUCUGCAAUAAAUUAUUGUUUUCUUUUUUUUUGCUUAACCCAGAUUUUAUGGUAAUUUAUUACUAUCGCGACGAUUACUUUUUUUCUUAUAUAUUUAUUCAAAAUCGUUAUGCUGUAUAAUUUCAAGAUAUUAUUAUCAUUCCAGACCAACGUAAAUAUGUUAUCUAUGUGUAUCUAUACCAAAGCGGAAACCUUUUAAAAAUAGACAUAUUAAUUUAUGUAAAAGGAAAGUACCUAUAAUAUUAUUUAAAUAUUUUGACAUUUUGAAAUUAUUUGUG